UUUUUUGUUUUUCUCAUGGUUAUCAGGGAAUCGAACAAGACAUUCAAUUUGAGUGUCGAUGCCUUCUCGAAGAUGAAAAGAUUGAGAUUGCUCAAAGUUGUUUGCCUCUCAAAUUGUGAUGGUCUCAAAUAUCUUUCUAAUGAGCUACGGCUUUUAGAUUGGAAAGGAUUCCCUUUAAGAUCUCUGCCCUCAGGCUUUCAACCGGACAACCUUGUUGCACUUCUCUUACAAUACAGUCGCAUUGAACAACUAUGGAAGGGAACCAGACCCUUGUACAAGCUGAAAGUGUUAAACCUCAGAGAGUCCCCGAACCUGAUCAAGACUCCGGACUUCACAAUGGCCCCAGAUCUUGAAGUUCUGAUCCUGGAAGGUUGUACAAAAAUAGUUGAUGUUCAUCCAUCCAUAGCAGAGCUUAAGAGGCUUCAAAAUUUGAAUUUGAGAGGCUGCAAAGGUCUUAAGAAUCUUCCAACCAAAAUUGGAAUGGAAUCUCUUCAAACGUUCAUUCUCUCGGGUUGCUCAAAUCUUCUUUGGUUUCCAGAGAUUGAUUGCAAAAUGGAUUGCCUAAAAACUCUUGAUCUUUCCGGAUGUUAUAGAGUUGGAUUUUUGCCACAGAGUUUGCAGCUAGCAGAGUUUUUGGAAGAGAUUGACUUGAGUGAAACGGCCAUAACAAGACCACCGUCCUUCAUUUUUCGACUUAAAAAUCUUAAAGUUUUGUCUUUCAACGGCCGCAAGGGAUCUUCAUCUAAGUUUCGACAAAAUUUGCCUUCUCUCUUCAAAAAAUUCCAAAGAGGAAAGACAAAUUCAAUGGCUCUGAUGUUGCCUUCGUUGUCGGGUUUGAGUUCAUUGACAGAGCUGAAACUAAGGGACUGCAAUCUUUGUGAAGGAGAUAUUCCUAAUGAUAUUUCUUGUCUAUCCUCUUUGGUAAUGCUCAAUCUCAGUGGUAACAAUUUCAUCAGCCUACCUGAUUCUCUUACUCGACUUUCCAAGCUUAAAGGUCUUGCAUUGAUGAAUUGCCGGGGGCUGAAAUCGUUGCCUGAGCUUCCAACAAGUGUAGAAUAUGUGAGCAUAGAUGAUUGUGCUUCUCUGGAACUAAUUGCUAAUCCAUCAAAAGUAUGCGAUUCAAGGGAUUGUGUGUCUAUUAUAGGAAAUUCUUAUUCACAAUUCCUUUCACAGGCAGCACCUAAGCAGAAGAUUCGAAUUAAACAUAGGUCAUACUGGGUACCCUUGAUCGAGGACUCUUGCAAGCAGAUUUUGGAUGCCGCUCGUACUACCAAUGCCAAGACGAUGGGACCCGUGCCGUCACCGACCAAGAAGAGGAUCUAUUGUGUCCUUAAAUCCCCACAUGUACACAAAGAUGCAAGGUUCCACUUUGAGAUUCGGACACACCAGCGCCUAUCAUUAUCGAAUUUGAAUGAUAUCCGUCUCUUCUAGAUAUGAGCUCAAUCAUAAUUACUUAUAAGAGGAACCAAGUUAUUAAUGUUGAGCACACAGGGAGAAAGAUAGAUCGAAGCACAUUAGAGUGAAAAGAGAGAGAAAAAAGAUAGGUGAAAGAAGGAAAACAAAGAGAGAAAAUGAUAGAGAAACAUAAGCAACUUUAAGAAUAAGCCAGAGAACAACAACAUAAAGUAUGUAUCAUUUCAGCUAUGAAACCUAAGUCAACAUCAGUUAGUGGUCAAACCCUUGAGAAUUUUUCGUUCAGACAAACCUUUU